CCCAUCUCGCAGCUACCGAGAAAUUCUCGAUCGUCGCCUGCAAAUCCGAGGCAGAAAGAAGCGAGGAAAAGAGAGAGAGGGGGAUAAUGGCUAGGGUAGGUGAUAUCCGUCAAUUUGCUGGAAACCAGAACAGCCUCGAGAUCGAGGGCCUCGCUCGCUUCGCCGUCGACGAGCAGAACAAGAAGCAGAAUGCUCUUCUGGAGCUUAGGAAAGUGGUGAAUGUGAAGCAGCAGGUGGUUUCGGGCACCAUGUAUUACAUUACCUUGGAGGCGGCUGAUGGCGGCGUCAAGAAAGUGUAUGAUGCUAAGAUUUGGGUGAAGCCAUGGAUGAACUUCAAGUCGUUGCAAGAGUUCAAGCUCCUUGGCGAUGCUCCUGCUGAGGCUAGAGCUUAGUUUCGCGGUUCGCAAGAGGAAUCUGCAUAGGCCUUCUGUGCUCAAAGCAAAAGGAUGAAGAGAAGAUCGAAGACACAGUACCUUUUUUGUCAGAACAAAAGAAAAACUUUACUUUGAUGUAAAAGUAAAAGUACUCAUAGGCUGUAAAAGUUAGCCCGUUCUAUACGUUGUGUUUAAGACGGCAAAUCGACAAUUCCUAUUGUUGGCUUUACAAUCAGAAGACAAAAUCUUAUGUUGAAUGGAAUGACCAUUCCAAUAUGUUGUGUUUGAUACGGUGAAAUGAAAUAAAAUGGGAAAGGAAUGAAAUUGAACGGAA